UUAUUGCAGUACGUUAUACGUCAAAAAAUCAAACAAAAGCAAAAUUUGUUCAACAACUUGCUGCGAAAUGAGAACAAAACGUUUGAUUUUAACAUUGUUAUUGAGUGCUUUGCUCCUACAUGUAAAGGCAGUCGAAAAGGGCGUAACUGGAGACCAUUUUGAUAUCAGUCGUAUUCUUAAAGUUCUCAAGAUUCCAAAUGAGUACCAGAUAAAUGAUAUCACGAGAAAAACAAAUGAAGACAAGACUUUCAGUUCAGUUUUACGCAAAUUCAAGUCAAAAAAUCGCACAAGCUCCCACUAUUUUCUGAAGUUCCGCACGCAUCGUGUCCAUUUUACUCCAAGCAAAUUUCUGAAGCGUUUUAAUCGAAAAAAGCAAUUCUUUCAAACACAUUAUCGGGUUAAAUUUGAUACUUUGCACAUUAAGCCCCAUUUAGCUGUGCUCUCUAAGGUCUCCCACAUUCCAAGUCCGUUUGCGAAAAACAACUAUAUUGUCCUACAGGGAAAACUCCAUCAGAUGCUGCAUGGCAAACACUUUUCGCCAAAACUGAGCGUUGUCAAGCUGAUGUACGCCAUAGUCGAUCGAUUCUGGACUCCUCCCGCUCCAAGCUGUUGCCCCCAUUGCUGUGGAAAGUCUCGCCAUUAGCUUCUAGUUGGAAUCAAAGUCACAAUGAGGGAUUGGUAAUUAUGAGUUGGAGACGAGCGCAUGAGGGACAGUAGUUUGGUGAGACUCUGGAUCUUGUAUAUUUUAUUUACGAUAUUCAAAACAUAACAAAACAGUAGAGAAAAUCCAACAGAAAAUUGGAAAAGAAGCAAAAAUAAUUGAGAAUUAAUUCGUUGAAAUGUUUGUCAUAUCCUUUUCUAAUUAGAAACUGUUUCGACUACAUUUGCAAAGCUUUUCCAUAUGGAACUCAGAAUCAUCAAUAUUUUAUUUACGAUAUUCAAAACAUAACAAAACAGUAGAGAAAAUCCAACAGAAAAUCGCAAAAGA